UGUGGGCACCUUCGUGAAUAUUCAUACAGCCUGUGUGUGGAAGAAAUCACGUGAUACGGGGGCGGGGCUCCAUUCCGCCACAUUUUCUUGUCCAUCAAGGUCCAUAAUGCCGCACUUCCGCGUGCAGGUCCAACGGAGUUCGCAGCCUUCUACUAGCCGGCCGCCGUCAGUCAGCAAGCCUGUUCGCUAUUUCACAUUAGGCACUAUGCGCUCCAUCUCGGGAUUAGUUUGCUUGGUUGCAGCAGCCACCUUUUACCUUUACCUUCUGUCUACAAACCUGCCUCCAGGGCCACAGCGCCAACGUCAAGGAGAAGAGUUAGACAAAUACGAGGAGGAUACCGAAUCUGAGGAUGUCAGGGUGCUGACCUUUCCAUCCGACCUUGAUGAGCUACGAAAGUUAGCAGCCCUUCUUCAGUUCUACAAGACUGAGCACACAGGCUAUGUGUUGCUUUUGUACUGCAGCGCCUAUCUCUACAAGCAGUCUUUUGCUAUUCCUGGGUCAUCUUUUUUGAAUAUGCUUGCAGGAGCAUUGUUUGGCCCCUGGCAAGGGCUUUUUUUAGCCUGCAUCCUGACAACUGUUGGUUCAACCUUCUGUUACUUACUUUCCAAAACCUUUGGUAAGCAGCACAUUGUGAGGAUAUUCCCAGAGAAAGUAGCCAUGCUACAAAGAAAGGUGGAGGAAAACCAGAGCAGUCUCUUCUUCUUCCUUUUGUUCCUGCGCUUCUUCCCUAUGACUCCCAACUGGUUCCUGAAUGUGACCUCGCCUAUCUUAAAUAUCCCCAUAUCUGUGUUCUUCUUCUCUGUCCUCAUUGGACUCAUUCCAUAUAACUUCAUCUGUGUACGAACAGGCUCCAUUCUCUCUGAAAUCUCUUCUUUGGAUGAUAUCUUCUCUUGGAGUACACUUUUACAGCUCUUAGCUAUUGCUUUUAUGGCUCUCAUCCCUGGAGCUCUUAUUAAACAUUAUGGCCAUGGACAUUUAAAGCUUGAUGAAAUGGACAGAAAUGGUCACCUGAAUAAGAAAAAAAGAUGAUAAUGUUCGCUUUAAUUUAUCCAAGUCUUAAACUGAAACAGUGUGUCUUAAAUUAUAGCAAGUGUGUAAGAACAAUUUUCAAAAUGCGAAUCGGGCCAGUAUGGCCUAGUAGGUUCUCCACUGUAUUAUCAGUAUUUGUUUUGGUUUUAUUUUAUCAAGGUGUUUGACCAUGUGAUGGUUGAAAGUGUGUCUUGAAUUUUAAGCUUUAAUUUAAGUUUUGAACUUCCAAUUAUGUACAAAAUCUUGUUUGGUUGAUCCUUUUAAAAGCAUUUUAGGUCAAACUGCUUUUAAGAGCACUAUUUAUAAUCGAGCUACCGUUUAUAAGGUUAGUCUUCUCCUAGUCCAGCAAUUUGUUGGAAUUUUGUCAUAUUCAAGAAAGUAAAAGUUUUGAAACUAGUAUGAUUUGCUUAAAUCCACUAUAAAUUAUUUUUGUUUAAAGAAUUUAAUUCUUUUCUUGAUUAUACAGUGUUCUUGAAGGCCUCAAUUUUCUCGUGUGCAAUAAUUUGGACAUUUGAAUGUAUCAAUCUAUAGUUUACUAAAUUUUGCAGUAAUAUUUAUAAUAGAAAUCUAUUUAUACAAUUUCAUAAGUUUCAAAAAACAAGAUGCAGACAGCAGAAUGUUUAAGUUGAAGUUUUUUUUUUAAAUAAUUAGAAGAAGUUGGUAUUUUUUUAAUAGAUGAACAAAGAUCUGCAACAAUGCUGAAUUACUGCUGUGUAGUAUGUAUUUGUUGUAGUGUCAGUGCUCCGAUUGGAGUCGUAUCCACCAUUACUACAAAGCUGUUGUCUCAAACAUCUUUCAUUGCAUCUUUUCCAGCAUUCACAAAUAUGGCUGUUUUAACCACUCUUAGCUUGUGUAAUAGAAGAAAACUGAAGUACCCCACAGACUUUCCUUCAAUUUCUGGUAUCUGUGUAAUCGUGGGCGGAAUCUUGUGACUUGGACACCUGAGAUGUGAAUAACACUUGGUACAUUUUUCUUCAAAUUAUUUUUUACUCCUUAUUAACUCUUUUAGGGCUAAUUUUUUUUUUGUUUCUUAUCUCCCA